ACCUAGCAGUUCGCUAAGAAAGCGCCGGUUCGUGCUUUCAGUCCAGGCACGCAAGCAGGCGGAGAGCCGGCUUCCGCGCGGGGGUCUUGCUGAGAGCGCCUGCGAAGCGCGGAAAAAGCUGGCAGCUUUAUGGAGGAAUCAGGGCAAGUCGCUGAGAGAGAGGAGAGUGUGGAUUGGGGCUACGAAGAAGGUGUUGAGUGGGGGCUAAUCUUUCCUGAUGCAAAUGGGGAAUAUCAAUCUCCUAUUAACUUGAAUUCAAGAGAGGCCAAAUAUGAUCCAUUGUUACUGAAAGUACACUUGUCACCAAAUUAUGUUGUAUGCCGUGAUUGUGAGAUCCUCAAUGAUGGACACUCAGUUCAGAUCCUCUUAAAGACCAAAUCAAUGUUAGUGGGAGGCCCGUUACCGCAGGGCCAUGAAUUUGAACUUCACAGUGUUCGAUUUCACUGGGGCAGAGAAAAUCAGCGUGGCUCAGAACACACAGUUAAUUUUAAAGCAUUUCCCAUGGAGCUCCAUCUGAUCCACUGGAACACUACCAUGUAUCACAGUAUUGAUGAAGCAGUUGGAAAGAAGAAUGGCAUAGCCAUUAUUGCCUUAUUUGUGCAGAUAGGAAAGGAACAUUCAGGCCUAAAGGCUGUGACUGAGAUUCUGCAAGACAUUCAGUAUAAGGGCAAUUCCAAGACAAUACCUUGCUUCAAUCCUAACACAUUAUUACCAGAUCCACUGCUAAGAGACUAUUGGGUGUAUGAAGGCUCUCUCACGGUUCCACCCUGCAGUGAAGGUGUUACAUGGAUCUUAUUUAGAUAUCCUUUAACGGUAUCCCAAGUUCAGAUAGAAGAGUUUCGAGGACUGAGGAAUCAUAUUAAAGGGGCGGAGCUCCUAGAAGGUUGCGAUGGAAAUUUAGGAGAUAAUUUCAGACCAACACAGCCACUUAAUGACAGAGUCAUAAAGGCUGCUUUCCAGUAGCAGAGACAAAUUAUUUAAAAAAGAAAGAAAAAAAGAAAGUCAAAAUAUUGACCCUUUAUUCUGAUUUGAGCCAGUUGAUCUUGCCUGAAGAUUGUUUGGUUUUGGACCUGCCUAAAAGCUAUUAAAAGAGUCACCUUAGAAUUCUUUCUGAAUAAUGGUUCAAAUUGCUGGAUGCUUUCAUGAAGUUACUGAACUGAAUUUUCCUAGCAAGAAAUAUGAACUACCCUUUGAAUUGA